AUGGCACCGAGCCUGUUGACCCUGAAGUCUAUCAGACGACGAUCAAAGGCCAGUUUCAAGACCGAGAAGUCCACCACAGAUGCCAACGAUACUUCAAGUGACGCAAGCAACGGCCGGACGCCAACGAGCGGCUCAUUGACCCCUCCUUCGCUUGCACCGUCCGUGGCAGGCCAGUCAGAUCCCGCUCUGAACCACCAGCUAUCCAAAGAGAAGCUCAAUGGCGACUUAUUGACCCCGCCAGUCCCUCCAAUCCCCCAGUUCCGACCACCACUGCGGUCGGCUACCAAUGGUUCCAACCGGAACAGCGUGUCGGGCAUGACGGGUUUGGGGUCGCCGGCGUUAGGAGGACGGGGACCAUAUCCGCAACUGCCUGUGUCGCCUUAUGCGCCACAGAUUGAUAAUGUUCGACAUGGAGCAUGGGUCUCUCAGAAAGUCCUCAUCAUUACAGGCAUGGUUCCUGGCCCUGGUGGACGGUCCAUCGACGGCGAGGUCACAGUUUCGCGAAUAGACGAUGAUUACCCAGCAGUCUCAUGGCCGGUGCACGACUGCCAAUUCAAGGCACUGGUCUAUUUGCAGUCUGGCUUAAACAGGCUGCGCUUCGACUUUGCUAGCCCCAAACUUCCGAACAGCAACACGACGAAUCCGAUUCACUCUACGCAAAUGACAAUUAAUGUGAUGCCCGUGUCCAAUUCUCCGCCGCUGCAACUUGCUAUCCUACUGGCAAAGGACUCGCCUGGCACUUUCGAUGCACCCCCGGCACGAGCCGAGCGAGAAGGGAACAGUUUGGAAGUGGCUAUUCGAAAGUUUCGCAUGGCUGCUUACUUAUGGCAGGCAUACACGGCUGAGCAGAUGUUCCGCAACAAGUUUGGGCGCCGCACGUUUAGAUUUGAAGAGGAAUGGACACAGGGCACAACUUGCGCCAGAGACCACGAGAACGGACGCAUGCGCAACGAGGCUCGAAUCCACGUCAUCCGGAUGGACAAGACGCUGGCCGAGAUCCGUGACCUCAACAUUGCACAGCAGUAUCAGGACGCCGCGGACCAGGGCGGGCUGUUCCCGAUCGCCGCGGACGCUGUGAAGAAGUACUUCAACCUGAAGCCAGGGCAACAGCAGUACGUCUCAUGCAUGUUUCUGGACAGCCAAUGGGACCCUAAGGAGAAGAUCAUUCGAGGCCAUGCUGCGCUUGGUAGCUCCAGCGGAGAUUUGAAGUUGGCUAUCUUUGGGUCACACAGUCUGCACAGCUAUCCUACGAUGCUGGAGGAAGUCGUCCCCGCUUUCACCGACUGUACUCCUACAGACACGAAACAUGUUGCGAAUGACUGCAAUGAGGCUGGUAGCUCCUGGGAGAAUGCCAAUAUCGGAAUCGGUGCACAUCUGCACGAGACGGGUCACCUCUUCGGCUGUCCACACCAAGCCAACGGCGUGAUGCUCCGGGAUUAUGUCUACUUACACCGCUCAUUUGUGACACACGAAGCUUACUGCACUCGAACAAAAUCCAAGGGUGGACCUGUCGCCCAAGCAGACGAAUGCACCUGGCAUCGUCUUGACCUUUUGCGUUUCCGAAGUCAUCCCUGUUUUUCGCUUCCCAACGACCCGCCACGACACCCCGACGAUUCCGUGCAAGCCUGGCCUAUGGAGGAUGGCAAGGUGGCAAUAACAGCGCCAUCUGGCAUAUCCUUUAUUGAGAUCUACGGCGACGGAGACGACGUUUGUACGACUUGGAUGGAGUGCCCGACUGAAGGUGAACACAUAAAGCGACAACUCGUGGUCUCUGAAGAAGAUCUUCGGAAACGUCUUCCUGAGAACAAGCGUAAGGGCAAGAUACGGCUGGGCGUCAAGUCUCAGAGCGGCGGAGAUCUGCAGAUUGAGGAUGUACGGGUUCUAUGCGGCAAGGAGAGUAAGCUGACUGUCGGCAACCCCGUGACGGGAUGGACGGCAUACCGUAGCAAGAAGCUAGGCACGAGUGAGAUGGACGGGACUAAACCGAUCGAGUUCGUGUUCACGAGCGCCACAAAGCAAGAAAGGGUGCUCAGCCGCAUCGUAUUCUACCAUGGCGCUGCACUGGAUGGCAUGGAGUUCAUCUAUGACGAUGAUUCGAAGCAGAUAUUUGGUAGUGUUGGCGGCAACGUGCAAGUCGGGGUGUUCGACCUCGAUAUUCGCAAGGGCGAGUACAUUUCAGGCUUCCUUGUCCGAUCUGGUUUCUGGAUCGAUGGCAUACAAGUUCUGACGAGUCUGGGCAACCGUUCACCGUUCUUCGGAAACAGUCACGGAGGAGACAUGCACACACUCAUCCCUCCUUACGGAUACAACAUCUGCGGCGUCUGGGGUUCUUGCGCCCAGUGGGUUGAUGGCUUUGGUGUCAUCAUUCGGAAGUAA